GCCACCCGUGAGCAUUUGCUCCCCUCACGUCGUCCAAGCCAUGCUGCUCUCUCAGGUAGAGCUGUUGGCGUUGGCAAGGAAACAGCUACAAUCGAUCGAAGGAGUACCCGAGGCAUACUUACAAGAGCUGAAGAAGCAUAUAUCGCUCUGGCCUGACAAGAUUGAUUUCACGGUCGAGAUCGAAGCCGGACGAGGAUACGGCGUUGUUACUUGCCACGAGAACGGAUGCCACAAACGGGUGCCCCUCGUCGCCCGCAUUUCCUCCGAAGAUGGCGGGGUCUCGGAAGGAGUGGGCUCAUUGUCCGCUUAUAGGGUCCAUUUGGCGGCCCACCACUCCGACCCCGAGUCCGAGUCCGAGUCCGAGUCGCCACAAAGGAGCGCACGUGUCAAAAUCGAGGGCCCUAAGUCCAGUGCCAACCUCCUCUCUCGCACCACAAACCCAUCGACACCCAUGCGACCACUUCUCCAAGCCAGGGCCCGUACAAGCAUGGGCUCCGGUUCUCCCUUCACCACGCCGACAACGUCCCCUACCGGAAGAGAUGUCGUCAAAAGCGAACCCCGGGAACAUCCCUCUCUUUUGUCUGACAGCGGCGCUUUAAUUUCCCGCAAGCGUCCACAUCCUGCUCCUUUCCCCGUCAAGCUGGAACGGCAUGACACAAUCGACCUUAGCCAGGGUGAUGAACAGUCCGGCUCUCCAAUCAAGAAGGCGAGACUCACUAUCGGCGAUGCUCCCUCAACCCCCGCAAGGUCUGGCAAGCCGUUGUCUCAGCUCAACCACUAUUCCUCCGGCGAACUUGUCACCACCAAGUCUCCUUCUAAACCUGCAGAGGACCAGUCGGAUCUCCGCGAAGAGAUCGAGGACAUUCAACGUUCUCUCAACAGCUGCACCAACAAGCUCAAUCGCGCCAGCGCCAAGAAAUUUAAGGCGAAAAGCGACCACACUCGAAUUGCGAAGUUGGCCGAGGAGAAGAGGCGACUCAACGCGCAGAAGGAUUCACUUACCAAACGACUCCCGACGGCGAAGACACUUUCUCGCCACGGCAGCUCUCUGGCGAAGGAGGACAGGGACCCAAUUCUCUACGGUCUCCCUUCAGUCAAGCGGGAGCCUGUUGAUAGGGCUCUCGCCAUUUGGCCUGGACCUGAGGUCCAAGCGCCAGCGAUUGCGUCCGGCUCGAAUAUACGUCUUCCGGAGCCAGACGUGAAGCCAUUCUUUUGCGCCCCCAGGCGUGUCAUUCAUGCACCUUCAACUGUGCCCAUGGGCGAGGACCGCAAGCCGACCGUCAAAAGGGACCCUUCUCCAAUGCCGGUUGCCUCUGGCUCGAAAGGUGCGGGAACCCCGCCGGCUCCUGCCCCUCCUGGAAACGACUUCCUCGCCGAUGUCAACAGGUAUGUCCAGGGCCACGUUCCGAUGGACUACGAUGACGGGACGUACGAUGAGACCGGUGCGUGGCAUGGUCGUGGAAGGGAUACGUUUGCAGGGCCUCAGGCUAGAGCUGAUGAUAUCGACAAGUUCCUCAUCGCCGCUGGAAAUGCUGAGCAAUUCGACCGCAACGCUACGGUAGACGACGCUGUUCGGAAGUUGGGUCUCCCGGACAUGUUCGCCCCCUUGCCCGGCAUGGUCGUCGCAUUGAUGGCUCAUCAAAUGAUCGGUGUGGCAUGGAUGAUUGAUCGCGAGCGAGGCUACAGUAAAGGCGGUUUGCUCGCUGAUGAGAUGGGACUGGGCAAGACGGUCCAAAUGAUCGCCACGAUGGUUGCGAAUCGACCGACGGAUCAGCGCCGCAAAGCGACACUCAUUAUUGCACCGGUGGCCCUGCUUGAUCAAUGGCAGAUGGAAGUAGAGUUGAAGACGAACUGUGGUUUGCAGUGUGUCGUAUAUCACGGUUCCAGCAAACCCAAGACGAGGGCGGAGCUGAUGAGGUAUGAUGUCGUAUUGACGACCUAUCAUACACUCGCAAACGAGUAUGCAGAUCCUGAGGCAGAAGUGGCAAGAGCGAAGACCAGAGCGAAGAAGAAGGCCAAGGCAAAGAAGAGGGAGGAGAAUGAAUGGAUUGUCAACGAAUCCACCGACGACAGCGAUGCCAAAAGCAAGCCAAGGAAAAAGAAGAAAUGCAAUGGCCUACUUCUGAAUGUCGAGUGGUAUCGUGUCGUCCUCGACGAAGCUCAAAGUAUCCGCAACCGCAUGACCCGCGUCUCUCGUGCUGUGACGUUCCUCGAUGCGGAAUAUCGUUGGGCAUUGACUGGCACGCCCAUCAUCAACUGUCUAGCUGAUGCUUAUGGGUACAUUCGGUUCCUCAGAAUUCGUCCGUGGUACGAUUGGACGGAAUUCAAUGACCAUAUCGCGAAGCAUGAGAAGAAGCGCGCCACCUUGGCUUCCAGUCGCCUGCAAGCUAUAUUAGCUACUUUCCUUGUCCGCCGCAAGAAGGAUACGAAGCUCGACGGCAAACCGCUCAUUGAGCUGCCUCCCAAGGAGGUGCAACUUACGAAGCUUACCUUCACGCAGGAGGAACAGGAGAUUUAUAAAGCGUAUGAAACGAGCGCACAAGUGAAAUUCAAUCGAUUCCUUCGGGCGGGCACUGUCCUCAAGAACUAUUCACAUGUUUUGGUCAUGCUUUUGCGGCUCCGCCAGAUCUGCUCACAUGCAAGCCUUGUUCAAGAGGACGGCCGUGCAUUCGUCAUUGGUGAUGAAGAAGAUGACGAGAAUUUAGACGGUGAUGCGAAAGCAGAGCUUGCGAGGGCGAGGAGAGAGGUAUCCUUAGAUUUCGUAGCGAGGAUGAAGCACAAACUUCGCGAGAUCAUGGUCGAUAGAGUCAAGGCGGAGAAAGAGUCCAAGGACGCUAUCGCUGACGGCGAUGAGGAAUGCUCUAUAUGCUUUGAUAAUUUUACGGCUGCGGUCGUCACGCCCUGCACGCAUACAUUCUGCCGUGACUGCAUCCAAAACUAUUUGGAUCUCCCUCGCGCCGAGGAUCCGACCGAGACAAUCAAAUAUAAGGAGGAUGAACGUGCAUGCCCUGAAUGUAGGUCUGCCAUCAGCGCGAGAAAGCUAUAUUCCCGGUCUGCUUUCCUGCCUACAGAUGAGGAGAUCGAGCUUGCCAUCAACCCUCGUCCCGCCCAACCAACUCGUCAACCCAAGUACGAGCGGAUUGACUCUGAUAUCGAGAUGGAGAUCUUAGAAGGCCUCAUAGACAAGGGCAAAGGCAAAGGCAAAGCUAUCCCGAAGAGCAAGAGGAAGAAGCCCUACGUCGACAGCGAGGACGACGAAGAGCACUCUUCCGAGGACGACGGUUUAAGCGACUUCAUCGCUGAUGAGGAUGAGGAUAGUGAGGACGAGAAGGUUGCUAGAAAGCGACUGAGCAAGCGUUUGGGCAAGAAGAGGGCGAUAGUCCUUGACAGUGACGAGGAGGCGGAGGAGAGCGAAGACGGUGAAGUAUUGUUCGGCAGGCCGUCGCCUAUCAUGGCGGACAUUCCGAAGGAGCAGAUCAGGAUGAUGCCUCGCUUCCUUCCCAGCACGAAGAUGAAGCACAUGAUGGAGCUCCUCACGGAUUGGGCCGAAAAGCACCCGGAUGACAAGACUAUUGUCAUCUCUCAGUGGACUUCUUGCCUUACGCUGGUGUCCGACUACUUGACCGAACGCAGCGUUCCCCACGUCAAGUACCAAGGCGAUAUGUCACGAACUCAGCGCGAUCUCGCUGUCCGCCACUUUAUGGCAAAGAAGAAGUCGAAGGUCAUGCUCUUGUCGCUCAAAUGCGGAGGAGUGGGGCUUAAUCUUACUCGUGCGAACCGUGUUAUCUCCUUGGACCUUGCGUGGAGCUCAGCCGUCGAGAGCCAGGCGUUCGACCGUGUGCACCGUCUCGGACAACUGAAAGACGUCUUCGUCCAUCGACUGGUCAUUGCAAACACGGUGGAAGAUCGUAUCUUGGCCAUUCAGGACCGCAAGAAGAAUUUGGCGGAUGGUAGUCUCGGAGAGGGUACUGGGAAGAAGAUCGGCCGUUUGAGCGUGAAAGAGCUCGCGAAUUUAUUCGGUUUGAACGGUCGCGGAGAGGUGCUCGACGACGACUAGAUGAAGGCCGAUGCCUCAAGUCUCGGUCGCAAGUUCGGACCGAAGUAUACCCCUGCGUCCAUCUCGACAAACCAUUGCAGUAUUUUCCUAUUUCACAGCCCAAUUCCCCACAUUCCAUGGGACAAAGUCUUGAUUAUUGCGUCUGCUCUGAAGCUCCUAUCAUUUCCUCUCAUACUCUCGCUUUCUGCCUCGCUCGGCCUCACUGGUGUUGCGAACUAUCCGUUGCCCAAAGACUCGCCAUUCGUUCUUAUUCAAAUAUGCUUGCACCCCCAGUUUUACCUUAUUCAUGCGCAUUCCCUGCUUCCUUGAAUUUUCACUUUCUUGGUCGUCCCUUCCACGCUCAUCGCAGUGCGGGGCGUGUAGAGUAUCAUAGAAAACCCAUAGCGUUACAUGGCCUUAUAUUCCUGCUCCUUCCGUGUUCGUUGGUAAUCC